UCUAGUGUUUUUAAAAAUAAAUAGAUAUUUAAAAAUGAUUUGAACCCGAAAAUUCAAACAAUCAAAAUGUGGAAAAAAUACUUAUGAUGUUUUAUAAAGUAAAAUUAAAACAAUAUAUUAGUUUCAUGUGAGAAUUGAAUUAAAUUUUGCCUCGUGUUCUAUUUCACACAUGAAAAUAUACUCACUAUCUUUGUUUGUCACGAAUAGUUUUCCCAUGAAUAUCGAUCGAUUACGAAAGACUUGUUUUUGUGAUAUUUAUAUUUACACCAUGCUCCGUUCACUGUUGUUAUGUGAUUAGAUGGCAUAUUUGUGUUUUUAAGUUAAAGUGGCAGUCUCACACAUCACUAUACUUAACAAAAAUAGCUUUAAAAUUAGCACGUCUUGGUACAUAUUCAUCACAACCACAAGCUUAAACCGUUUCUUUGUAAUGGUAUAAAUUUCAAAAAGUGAAUGUGUGUAUCAAUUUUCGUCCAUGUAUUGUUGCUCCUUUCUCUCGCGACUGGGAGUCGGGAUGGCGAGCAUGAGUUCGACGCUCGUCGAGACUGUCUCCAUCAACUACGAGGACUUUAACGAGAGCUUCCUCACUUGCGGCACGUGCCUAUGCACUUACGAUGGAAGCGAGCAUACUCCCAAACUUCUCCCAUGCUCCCACACAGUCUGCUUGCAUUGCCUUACACGAAUAGCAGCGUCACAAACUAGAGAUUCAGGAAGUUUCCGGUGUCCAAUUUGUCGUGAGCUAAUCACAAUACCCAGAGGAGGAGUGGCAGCACUGCCGCCUUCGUUUCUUGUCAAUCAACUACUUGACUUAAUGGCAAGACAGAGGCGGGAAGUAAUACCGCAGUGUAGCUCCCAUCCGGGCAGAGAAUUGCUGUUUUGCGAAACUUGUGAUUGCGUUUUCUGCCGACAUUGUGCCGACGGCCCUCACAGUGAUACACCUUGCGAUCAUACAGUAGUGCCGUUCUCUAUAGCCUUAAAGAGAAUGUCUGAAAUACUUUUGUAUAGAGCCAAUGAGUGCCUUAGUAAACUUGGAACGGCGAGAGAAGCUGUUGCGAGUGAACUGAGAAGACUUGAAGCUGCCGCCAGCGCGGCUGAAGAAGCUAUAGAUAGACACUUUGCUGAGUUGCGAAGUGCUUUAGAUAAACGACAUAGCGAAUUGAAAUCGGCCGCAACUGCAGCGGCAACGCAUAAGCGGAAACUACUCGAAGAGCAGUUAAAAUUGAUUGACGCUGAAAAAAGUAAAGUGGAGGCAGAAUGUUCUGGUCUCCAACAGCAAGUAGAAGUCCGCGAAGUGAGUAGUCGGGCAGCGGCACUUGGUGCGAGGCUCGGGGACGCUGCAGCCCUAGCGGAGCCCCGAGAAAACGCCUUCCUAGCGGUGGACUUUGCUCACAAUGAUGCUCAGCAGAGGUUCUCUGAAGCGCUUGCUAUGUUGGGUAGAGUUCGGACCAGUACCACGUUCCCGGGACUAUGUACUUUACAAUUAGAGUCUUCGUGCGUUUCUGGUCUGGAGGUGGUAGUCUCUCUGUAUACUGUUGAUUACCACGGCGAGGCGCGGAGGACUGGAGGGGACCCUGUCACCGCCGCCGCCACGCUAGAUGACGCACCAUUGCCCUGUACCGUCAUUGAUCUCGACUCCGGUAUCUACAGGAUAACAAUGCGUCCGUGGAGUGCGGGCGCGAUUUCCGUGCGCGUGCUGGUAUUCUCGCGAGCGGUGCGGGAUUCGCCGCUGCGGGCGCAGGUGUCGACACACGCUUGCCCGGAGCUCGUGUGGGGCUCGCGGGGCACGGGGAAGGAACAACUGAAUCAACCUGUUGCGUUAGCGAGAUGUCCCAAACGUCGUGAGAUCUACGUGCUGGAUGCGGGCAACUCCAGGGUGAAGAUAUUGGAUGAUGAGACGUUCGCAUUUAAAAACCAUAUUGUUAAUGAAGGUUUAGCCGGCCGAAGUUGUACGGGUAUCGCUGUGACAGCAGAAGGAGUGAUUGCUGUUAACUGGAGGACAAGAACUCUAACUGAGGUUAACACAGACGGGUCGACGCUGCGCACGAUAAAGUCGGAGCGUCUGGUGGAGCCUGUUUGCGUCGCAGCGGACGUCUCCACCCGCCGGCUGGCAGUCGCAGACAACGGAGCGCGAGCAGUGUUCGUGUUCGACAGAGACGGCAAUAUUGAGCGGGAGAUUGGCAGCGGUGACCUCGGCCUGGUGGGUGGGUUGGCGAUGACGGAAGAUCUGGUGAUCGUGGCCGACGUGGCCAUCAGAAUAUACGACGUUGAGGGUAACUUGAAGACUACCUUUGCACCUGUUCCUAAAGGUCGGGGCGGGUACGGCGGCAUAGCGCUAUGUCGGACGGAGGCGGGGCUUCAGAUCGUGUGCGCGCGAUCGGUGCGAGGCCGACCUGCGAUCCUCGUGCUCGAUGCGGCCAGUGGGCGGCUCCUGGCGGCGUGCGAGCUGGCCGACCGACGACCGCGCCGCGUGGCCGGCAUCACGCUGCUCAACAACAAGAAGGCACUGCUCGCAGACUUAGCUGGAGACUGUCUCAGACUGCACACCUAUUGGUGAAUGAUAUCGUAAUAUGUUUGAACGUGAAUGAAAUGGCGGGAGGUGGAUUGAAAUCGAAUUUUACGUGCUAGUCGAAUGUAACCGAGAAUCGAAUGUUGGCCAUAAUCUCGUGCGAUCCGUUCGUACCAAAGACGCCGCCCGCGGGCGCGGCUGGCUUAGUGAUAACUUAUGUUUAGUACUUACAGUAUUUAUUUCGAAUUAAGUUUGUCUUCUCAAUUUUUUGACUUUUAAGGGUAUUUUACCUUUUAUUUGACAUCAGAGGCCGCUAUAUUUUAACAUUGAGCUUAUAACUUUCUAGAAUGAUGUUAAAAUGUAGUGAUAAGUAAUAAUUGUAUGAUAUACCUACAUAAUGCAUUCGGGAAAGUUUAAAAAAAAAUAAUAGUACUUAUCGAAAUGAGUAUUAAGAGAAUUGGUAAGAGUAGAAUGAGAAGAGAGAUAAAGUAGAAUUAUAACGAAUUUGGUUGAUCUCAAUUACUAUUUUUAUUGUAUUUGUUGGAAAUUAAAUUGUAGUAUUAAAUACUGUAUAGUAACAGAUAUAUACAAAACACAAAAUAAAAUAGACACAAUACUAUUGCACGGGCGGGACAAAUACAAGACUAAUGGGUGAACAAAUUGACAGUCCUACAAAACACUAAUGAACAGACAGACGGAUAUACACAAGACCAAUCACGGACAAAUGAAUAGAUACAAGACUACACUACACUACACUGUAGUAGUCCUUCCCACGACACGCCACAAGUUAGGAUGUCAUCCCCACCAUCUGGAUGUGUGGCGGUACUCCUCCACAGUGCGGUUAUCAAGCAGCUUUAUUCCACGUACUACAAAUCUGUGCAAUUAACUUACUUGUGCGGUGUUUCCGGGACGAUACGACAUGAGUACCUUCAAAAAAAGCGCGUACACCUUCCUUAAAGGCCUGCAACGCUCUUGUGAUUUCUCUGGUGUUUCAAGAGAAUGUGGGCGACGGUGAUCACUUAACACCAGGUGACCCGUACGCUCGUUUGUCCUCCUUUUUCAUAAAAAAAAAGACUAAUGCACGGACUAGACUAAAAAAGGAUAGACGGAAGACUAAUGCACUGACAUAGAGUCAAAACACUAACGCAUAGACACAACACUAAUGCACGGACAUAUUGACACAUGUAUUGGAAAUACUUUUAGGUACGGAGCCUUAAAAAUUUGCUUUUUAAACUACCCGCUCAAUUUCAUGCAUUAUGUAGGUAAGUAUUUUAUUAUGCCUUAAAGCUGGUCUUUAUCUUAAGUAAAAUUUUCGACUGAUUUUUUUUAUUUGUGUUGUCGUUGAUUGAGUGUACAUAUUGGCGUCACUAGUCUUGAUGUGUGAACAGUUUUAUAUUUAGUUUUAUACGAGGUAAUACUGUAACGUUGAUGUUCCUUGUUUUGCGUUUAUACAGUGAGUGAAAUUUCGGGCGGGGUGAAUGGGAAUUUAUUGAUGAAUAUUAUUGAGAGUACAGUCGUGUUGAAUUACACAGUAGUACAUUAAUUACUAUGACGGGUACUCAUGAUAUUUUGAUCCAAUUGCAUGAAACUUGGUCGCGGCGGAACUGCGGAGGCGGCUAAUUUGUCUAAUUUUUCACACUCUACUCGUCAACGUCAACGGUCAGUAGAGUGCCAUACUUUUAGGUCUUUAAGUUGCAUUUGUACUGCAAAGUGAGACCACGGGAUUCAAUGUUUGCGCUAGUCUAAAAAGAAGCCCUAUUAAAAUUCUUUGGAUGUUUUUUUCAAUUUCGAUAACUUCUCUAACAAGCCGUGGGAUUUAUUGGCGCUCAGUAGAAUACAUCCUGCGUCAUAAUUAUUACUAUGUUAAAGUUCCGCGAUGAUAAAAUUUUAGAACCAUACAUUAGUACCUACUCGUAACUUUCAAAGUCAAAAGGUAAUCUAUUUGUCAAACCUCUGUUGGAUUCUUUUUGAUGUCAGCUGAAGCACUACCAGCUCUUGGGAAACAUACGGCGCCUUUGGAAACCCUUUAUUUUUUGCGCUUUGUCGCAUAUAAUUAAUAUAUAUUUGCGUCUGGAUUACGCAAAAAUGGAUACCGACGUAAGAGCAUAAUAUACAGGGUGUUUUUCAUAUGUGUAAUAAAUUUUUAGGUAAUUUUUUUCCAAAAUUCUACUCCGUUUUAAAUAUUUAUAAACCAAUAGCGUUACUAAGACAUGUUUUUUUUUAAGUAAUAAUAAUGAAAUGAUAUUUACAUACAAACCAACAAGAAUACCAAUUCUGUAGAUCAAAAUAUAGUUACUUUCAUUGACACAAUGUAUUUCGAAGUUUAAUUAUUUGUGAAAUAUUAUUUUGAUAUUAAAAUAAAUAAAGAGUUAAGUGUGGGUAUAAAUAUUGUCACUAAUGAAUUUUAAAUUUGGUACACAUUGAAACAUCCUGAUUAGUUAACUCAUAGGUCUAAUAUAUACUAGCGUAUAGACAAAACAAAGCAUGCGAGAGAAGAGCAUCUCUAACAGAUAAAGAAAUGGAAAAAAUGCCAACAAAUUUUAUUUCCUCACCUAAAUUGUCCCAGAUAGUGAAUCAAAUUUUUUUUUCAUGAAUUAUCAAAUUAUGGCGUAUCUCCGUUAGAGACGUUCUUCAAUCUAGCAUGCUUGGUUUGUAUAUGGGCUAGUAUAUUGUAAGUCCACAGAUUUUUGUUGCAAAAAACCUUGUUUCCAUUCACCCCGUGUAACUAUGUAAUUCAUUUGUACAAAGUAAUUUUUUUGUUCAUUAAUUUAACAAACUAAUAUAAAUACAUACAUAUAUACAUAUACAAGUAUACAUAUUAUAUUUUGUGUAAAGUAUUUAUAGUACAAAAGCAUUAGUAUCAUGGAUUGGAAUACUAUUAUUACUAAAACAGAAAUAAGCAACACAUUAAAACAAGAAAUAUAAUUGCGAAAACUAUAUGUAGAUAAUAUUGUGACAGUUAUAAAUCCGAGUUUAUAGAAAUUGCAAAGAAAGUCUUUAUAUGCGUAGUUUGAGUCGAGCCAUUUCGGUUCUUAGCCACGAUACACUGCUUAUUCGCAACUAUAAUAUGAAUUAAUUAUUAACAUUAAUAAUAAUUGAUGUGGCACUAUUGAAAAAUGAGACAUUUAAACUUUAAGUCACAAUUGUAUCACUUAUAACCUCCAAUUCUAUCGCACUCUUAAUACUUACACUUGAACAUUGAUAUUUAUUUAUACAAAGAUACCUAUUGAAUUUGUUAUUAUAAUCGAGAAUUUGAUAUACAAAAAUGUAACAAAAUUUUUGUUCGAAAAGUAUUUCUGAAACUACUGCGAAACUUUAAGAAGACUUAAGAAUAUUAUUUCUACCUUCAUCUACACCCAUGCUGUAAUCCCUCUAUUAAAGGUUCUAAAACAGUUAGCUUAUUGCCAACAUUAAAACACCCAAUGUCCCAAUACGAGUGUUGCAAUGAAAUUGAGUACAACGUUAUAUCAUCUGUUUUCAUAAUAACACUCCUUUGGAUGAUAUUAUGGUUACUAGGACUGGCUAACUGUUUCAGUAUCUUUUAUAGAGGAUUCAUAUUAUGGGUGUAGAUAAAGUCUUGUAUGCAACUGUUGAUAAUUAGGUAUUAAAACACUCAUGUGAUACUAUUAUCAUAAACCCACAUUCGUUUUUAAUACCUCUUAUUACACAACAGUUGUAUAAAUAACUAUUACCUUUCUUCUAAUUAUUGAUAACAACCUCCAAAAAUUAAAAUACUCGUGUAUAGAUGAAAAUAAUUUCACUGGAAUCUCAGCCAAUAGAUAAUUAAAACAAAUUUGAAAGGAUCCCUUAAUUAUUAUCGUGUUUGUACGAUUUAAAUGUAAACAAGUUUUAUCGCUGCUUAGAAUAUCACAAUUAAAACGUAUUAUGCUCAAUAACGUCAUAUCGCGUAUAUUAGUGAUAUUUAACUUCCAUUUUUCUAGCGGUUCUUAUAAAAGGCAUCAUGAAUGGUUAAAUUUCUCAAAUAUGCUAUUUCUGAGUACAUAAGUGAUUUAUAAUAAUUAGUUCGUGUGAUUUCGAAUGUUGGCAGAUUAUGAAACGGCUAUAAUAAUAAUAUAUUAAUAACAUGGUAAUAGUGUGUAUUAUCGUUACCUUUCAGCACAAAACAAUCAUGUCACUUUUAACUAAUCGCCAAUUUCGAAUUUACUGAUGACAAGGGUCCGUGAAUAGGAAAAUAUCAUUUAUCGGCUGAUAUUAGAGUCUUAAGUGCGAGUGAGAACAGCAUAUCGAUAAUACUGUUCACUCCGCAUUAGCGUAAGCGGCUUGGGUUACGACCUAUGUUUAAUAAGAUACCUACUAAAUCGCGGGUUGACGUUUUUGACACUUAACAACAAAGUCUUGAUGUCACUUCAGAAAGGAUUAUAUAACGUCAACAUACGUAUUGACUACAAAUAAUUGAUGAAUUAAAUAUUUUUUUCCGUUUACCGCGUUAGAAGCGGGAUUUGCAAAGAUAUUCUAUUAUGACUCGAGUUAACUUUGUAGUUUAAUACAAUAAAUAUGUGGAAGUUUAUACCCAUGGGAGUCUUGUGGACGGUGCUAUAUACAGAACUCGGAAACGGAUAUUUGGCCUUCUCUAGUCCUCAUUUUAAUACAGUCCACAAAGGCGCCAGCCUUGAUAAUUACUUAUUAAGUUAUACCCUCAAUACAUACAAUUGAUGGAUUUAAAACUAGUGUAUGAAAUCAACAUUAGAAAAAAACUUUUAUUUGUUAUAAGUCGAUAAUUUUCUACAUAAGUUUAUUGAUGUCCUACAAUUCUAAAUCAAAAACAUACAGUACUUUGAAAUGUAUUAAGCUGAUUUCUGCCGAAUUGUUAUAUCAAUAUAUUAUGGAAUGGUAAAUGUAUCGUAAAUCAAUUGUUAAAACGUAUAUGUAAGUAAUC